AUGGAUUUCGGUUCCCUGGAGACGGUGGUGGCCAACUCGGCCUUCAUUGCCGCCCGGGGCAGCUUCGACGGGAGCAGUGGCCCAUCUUCUCGGGACAGGAAGUACCUGGCCAAGCUCAAGUUGCCCCCACUGUCCAGGUGUGAGGGCCUCCGUGAGAGCCUGGACCUGGCGUUUCCGAGUGUGUGCUCAGAGCAGCCCAUCGGCAAGCGGCUGUUCCAGCAGUUCCUGGGGGCUGACGAGAGGCAUGUGCCGGCUCUGGAGCUCUGGAAGGACAUCGAAGACUAUGACACAGCAGAUGAUGACCUCCGGCCACAGAAAGCCCGGGCCAUCCUGGCCGAGUACCUGGAACCCCAGGCCAAGCUCUUCUGCAGCUUCCUGGAUGAGGGGACAGUGGCGAAGGCCCGGGAGGGGCCUGUGGCGAGAGGGGAUGGGCUCUUCCAGCCCCUGCUGCAGGCCACCCUUGCGCACCUGAGCGAGGCACCCUUCCAGGAGUACCUGGGCAGUCUGUAUUUCCAGAGGUUCCUGCAGUGGAAGUGGCUGGAGGCCCAGCCGACGGGUGAGGACUGGUUCCUGGACUUCAGGGUCCUGGGGAAAGGUGGCUUCGGGGAGGUGUCCGCCUGCCAGAUGAAGGCCACCGGCAAGCUGUAUGCGUGCAAGAAGCUCAACAAGAAGAGACUCAAGAAAAGGAAGGGGUACCAGGGUGCUAUGGUAGAGAAGAAGAUUCUAGCAAAGGUACACAGCAGGUUUAUAGUCUCUCUGGCCUAUGCAUUUGAAACCAAAACUGACCUCUGUCUGGUGAUGACUAUCAUGAAUGGAGGCGACAUAAGGUACCACAUCUACAACGUGAAUGAGCAGAACCCUGGCUUCCAGGAGCCCCGCGCUGUCUUCUACACGGCCCAGAUCGUCAGUGGCCUGGAGCACCUGCAUCAGAGGGGCAUUGUCUACCGAGACCUCAAGCCUGAGAACGUACUUCUAGACGAUGACGGCAAUAUCCGAAUUUCUGACCUUGGGCUGGCUGUGGAGCUGAAGGACGGGCAGACCAAGACCAAGGGCUAUGCGGGCACCCCAGGUUUCAUGGCCCCCGAGCUGUUGCGGGGCGAGGAGUACGACUUCUCUGUGGACUACUUCGCCCUGGGCGUCACGCUGUAUGAGAUGAUCGCAGCCAGAGGGCCCUUCCGUGCCCGAGGAGAGAAGGUGGAGAACAAGGAGCUGAAGCAGAGGAUCCUCUCUGAGGCGGUCAAGUACUCGGACAAGUUCAGCCAGGCCAGCAAGGACUUCUGCGAGGCGCUGCUGGAGAAGGACCCUGAGAAGCGCCUGGGGUUCAGAGACGGGACAUGUGAUGGGCUCCGUGCCAACCCCCUCUUCAAAGAUAUUAACUGGAGACAGCUGGAGGCGGGGAUGCUGACGCCUCCCUUUGUCCCGGACUCCAGGACGGUCUAUGCCAAGAACAUCCAGGAUGUGGGCACCUUCUCCACCGUCAAGGGCGUGACCUUCGACAAAGCCGAUGCGGAGUUCUUCCAGGAAUUCGCGACUGGCAAUUGCCCCAUUCCCUGGCAGGAGGAGAUGAUCGAGAUGGGCGUGUUCGCAGAGCUGAAUGUGUGGCGCUCUGAUGGGCAGAUGCCCGAUGACAUGAAGGGGGUUGCUGUGGAGGAGGCAGCCUCAGCGUCCAAGUCUGGGAUGUGUCUGGUGUCCUAAAUGUGUAGGAAAAGGGAGCUCUGUGGCCCACAGGGGUGAAAGCACCUGUGUGAGUCGCUGGGCUCCCGCAGCGCUGUCAGGGGACAGGCAAGGAGUGGACAGAUGUCCAGCCUGUAAAUAGUCUGCUUCCUUUGCCCCAUUUCACUCAGAAAGACACAACAGUGGUUCCCAGAUGGACCAGAGCGCCAUGCACAACUCAAGGACUCUUGUGGGUGUCUCAGCCAGCAGCGGUGUGUGCCGCCAGGGUGAAGGGCUGCUCAUACCAGAGGAUGCUGUGUGUGUUCCUGGCAGCUUCCCAGAGCCCUGCCCUUGGUGGGAGGCCUUCUCCUGGCUGGCUCAGGGGUUGGCAAACCAUGGCCCGUGGGCUCACGGGCACCAGCAGAGAGGCCUGGGUUGUGCCCAGCUUCUGGCCCCCCGAGCCGGUCACCGUCUGCAUGUUGGUGAUGCUGGCAUCUGCCAGGUGCUGAACGGUGCAGGCUCCAAGGGGUUGCCUUGCCCGGGCUGCGGCCCAGGUGUCCCGGAAGAGGGGAAAGCAUGGGGCGGGGGGGUGAGAGUGACCCCAGCAGUCUCCCCCUUGGCUUUUCUUUGUCCUAAGAACAUCUCCAGCUGAUGGCACCUGGCCCCAAAGCUGCCCACCUCCUGGGCAGAUAGGUGUGCGGGAAUUCUCUGUCCACCCCGAGCACCUGCUUACCACGCGACUCUGCCUCCCGGCAAAGCCCUUUCUCAAGCUCCUCUCCUGGGCAAGCUUGGGGCAGGCUGGCUGAUGGCCGGGGACAGGCCGUCCCCGGAUCCCCACCAGCAACAGCGUCUACAGUGGGGUCCUCACCCUUACACAAUGUGCCCUCCCUCUGGCCUGAAGCCCUAAGGCACCGUCCUCACCAGCUCCCAUGUUUCCAGCUUCACCUUUAACCUCAAAGUUUCCCAAAUGCUUUACACAUUCUAAUGGGAAGAACACUGUAGAGGGGCCUCUCACGAUGUUCACUCCUAUGUUGGGAUUUGGUGGCAUUGGCCUGGGAAUCCCAUACUGCUCUGAGGGCUCCGGUGGGACCAAGCCCGGGGAGGAGCUGUGGUUUAGGGCCUGUGGAGUACUUUCCAGGAGGGUCUGUUCCUCUCCUAGGGAAGAACUUCUGAGUCCCUGCAGCUCACACAUGUGUCACAUGCUGGUCCAGGCAGAGAGGCACGUGAUGGGGCUGUGAGAUGCUGGUUGCAUGUGUGGAUCACAUGGGAAGACGGUGUCAUUUAACUAUCUGGGGGGGUUGAUGUGGGGACCUGCGAGGGAGCACGAAAGACAGGGUCCUAACCCGUUCUAGUCCCUGUGCUGGGCUCACAGCCUACUUUCCCAGCUGCCUCAGGAGAGCCUACCCCAGGUGUGCAGGGCACCCCCACCCUCAGGCCGUCAGCACAGUGUGCAGGGCACCCC